CGGUCCUCCUAUCCGUCGUCCUUCUCCACCCAGCCGCCGGCCCGUCGUCCUUUACACGCCCCCACCCGCGGGCCUCCGCCGCGUUCCCCACCGCGUCCACGUCUGGAGCUCCUCGACCCCAUCCCGUCCGCGGCGGUGACCAUCUGCAGCCUCCUCCUCCCAGGGGCCGCGCCUCUUUCUCUGCUCGGCUGGGCGGCAGUGAAGUGGGCAGGGGAUCCAUUCAGCCUGAUUUAUCCUCUCGGUGAUCCACAGGUGGAGCUAGUAUCAACAAUGUCAGAUCCUGGUACGGAUAGCAAUAUGCAGCAGCUUGUCCCAAUGGCACCACCGGCAAGGGUUUCUGGUGGUGAACUAGUGGCAAAGGCUUCUGUUGCUGACAGUGGAAAGCAGCUGGUGCUGGUGGAGGGUGGAGGAAAGAGCUCAGGAGGGGUCAAGCUACGGGAGGAUGUGGAGGACAUAGAGGUGAAGCUGAAGCGCAUCAUGGACAAUGUCCCUGUCCGUGCCAGCAACACCUCUGGGUCCUCCGCUGGUUCUGGCUCUGGCGACUUCCACCAGUAUCGGCAAAUGAGGAGAAGGGAACAGGACCGAAUAACGAGGAUGGAGACUGAUUACGAAAAGAGGAAGCAGGUGGCCGAAUUCAAUCUGCGGAGGGAGGAAAGACUGAAAGCAGCCGAGGAGCGUACAUCCAAGAAGCGCCUGAAACGCCAAAAGAAGAAGCAGCGUAAGAAUGAAAAGCGGGCCAAACCAAGCGGUGGUGGCGAGGAACCCAAUAGCGAAGCAGUGCCUAAGCAGGUUGAGGAGCCCUCAGACGACGACGACGACGAGGGUUCGGAUUACGAGGGCGACGACAAGUUCAAGCAAUGCAAAUGAAGUUGCUGUUGAACUACUGCCGUUCCUGGAUAUUACUUUUCAUCACUAGAGAUGAGGAAGACUUGGGGCAUGAACUAACAUCAGGCGCUUGUUUUUGUAGUAAUAGACUUGGAAACAUACAUGCUAGAUUGGGGGCAUUGUGCGCCCUGUUAGUUUGUUUUGGAAACGCUUGUCUGCUGUAAGAUGGCAACCGGAUGCCGGUGGGUGCGCAUUUUCCUGGACGGUAGAUGGGGACGGCGCAUUGGCUUCUUGUUAUGAAAUACGGAGUGUUAUGCACCUUUUCCUGAUGACAUGGCCAUGCAUGAAACAUAGUGUUUGUUUUCUUCC